AUGUAAAAUAAGAAAUUAAAAUGGAAAUCAGAUUUUGAAAAGUCUGUUAUAAUAGAUAACUUUAUAAAUAGAGGAUGGAUUAAAUCUUAAGAGAAAGAAGAGGAAUCAACAGAUUGGAAUGUGUAUUGGGCAACAGUAUGGAAUGUUAGGAAUAUAUUUAAUCCAAAGAAUGGGUUUAGAUUGAAUGAUUAAGUAUUAAAAAUAAAUAUAGUAAGUAAAUAAUAAAUCACUUUCCAAAUCAUUAUGAAUUAACACGUAAAGAUUGUAUGGUAAAGAAUUUAAAGAGAUUUAAGAGGGAAUAAGAUAAAGAAGCUUUAGAGAUGUUAAAUUUUGAUUUUUUACCCACAACUUAUAUAUUUCCUGGAGAAUAUUCAUUAUUUGUAGAAGAAUUUCAUAGAAAUCCAAAUUAAACAUGGAUUGUAAAACCAGCUGCAAGAAGUUAAGGGAAGGGGAUAUUUUUGUUAAGAAAAAUUUAAUAAUUAAAAAAGAUAUCUGGAACAAGUGUAACAAGUAAUAUGACAUAAUUGAAUUUGGCAUCAAAGGAGAAUUAUGUAGUAUCAAGAUAUAUAGAUAAUCCAUUAUUAAUAGGUGGAAAGAAAUUUGAUUUAAGAAUGUAUGUUUUAGUUACAAAUUAUAAACCAUUAAAAGUGUGGAUUUAUAAUAAAGGAUUUGGUAGAUUUUGUAAUGAAUAAUAUACAACAGAUGUUGCCGAGAUUGAAAAUAUGUUUGUACAUUUAACAAAUGUUGCAAUAUAAUAAUAUAGUGAUAAGUAUUCAUAAAAACAUGGUGGUAAAUACUCUAUUGAUGCACUUAAAUUAUAUGUUGAAUCUGCAUAUGGUACAGAUGCAUUAUAAAGAAUGAUGGAUGAUAUUCAUAAUAUCAUGUUAACAUCGCUUAAAGUAUAAUUAUAUAAUUAAUUAAGUCUGUUUAAGCGGUUAUAUAAAAUGAUAAACAUUGUUUUGAAAUGUAUGGUUAUGACAUUCUAUUAGAUUCUAAUCUUAAACCAUGGCUUAUUGAAAUUAAUGCUAGUCCUUCUUUAACUACUACAACACCUGUUGAUAAGAAUCUUAAAAUGAAUCUUAUUAAUGAUGUCUAUAAUAUUGUCUUACCAAAUGAUGAUUUCUCAGAUUCAGAAUCUAAAUGUAAUUAUCUCAUUUUCUAUUUCUUAGAAUAAACUACUAAUAAAGUUGGUGGAUUUACACUUCUCUAUGAUGAAAAUCUAGAUCCUAAUAUUCGUAAAACAUAAAAAAGAUAGAGUGUCAAAAUAUGGAAAUGA